GUGAGUGUGUGGCAGUCCCGUCGCGCUCACUCCCAUGGACAAGUUUCUGGUGUUUCUUUGCUUCUUUCUCUCUUUCGUUCUUUCCGACGCUGAUUUCACCGGAAAUUCGUCCGAUCCCGGCCUUACUUCCUCCGGCGACUCUCUCUGCGCUCAGCUUAUCGAGCCCAAUGGUUAUAUCUGCUCCGAACACACUGUUCAAACCAAGGAUGGCUAUUUAUUAGCUCUCCAGCGCGUUUCAUCUCCUUCUGGUGAUCUCAGAGUUCAGCAAGGUCACCCUGUUUUGCUUCAGCAUGGAUUAUUCAUGGCAGGUGAUGCAUGGUUUUUGGAUUCUACUGAACAGGGAUUGGGCUUCAUCCUUGCAGACCAGGGUUUUGAUGUAUGGGUCGGAAAUGUUCGUGGAACAAGAUGGAGUCAUGGACACAUAUCUUUCUUAGACACAGAUAAGGAAUUUUGGGAGUGGAGCUGGCAGGAAUUAGCUUUAUAUGAUCUUGCGGAAAUGUUGCACUACAUACAUGCAGUCGCAAGUUUUAAAGUCUUUAUUGUUGGACAUUCACAGGGAACAAUAAUGUCUUUGGCUGCUCUCACUCAGCCGGACAUAGUGGAAAUGGUUGAAGCUGCUGCUCUUUUGUCUCCAAUAUCUUACUUAGAACAUGUCAGCGCACCACUUGUACUUAGAAUGGUUGCAAUGCAUCUUGAUCAGAUAGUGCUUGCUUUGGGGUUGCAUCAAUUGAAUUUCAGAAGCGAUGCGUUGGUUAACCUUGUGGAGUCUCUAUGUGAUGGCCAAGUGGAUUGUACUGAUUUUCUAAGUUCUAUUACAGGGGAAAAUUGCUGCUUCAAUAAAUCCCGCAUAAACUUCUAUCUGGAAUACGAACCACACCCAUCAUCUGUGAAGAACUUACGCCAUCUUUUCCAGAUGAUCCGUCAGGGUACUUUUUCCCAUUAUGAUUAUGGAAUCCUGAAAAACUUACUGACGUAUGGACAGUUCAAACCCCCAGCAUUCGAUCUCAACAGCAUACCAAAAUCAUUGCCGUUAUGGAUGAGUUAUGGAGGGAACGAUGGCUUAGCAGACACAACCGAUGUGCAGCGCACUCUUGAGGAAUUGUCAUCCAAGCCAGAGUUGCUUUAUCUUGAGAACUACGGCCACAUAGACUUCCUUUUGAGCAUAAAAGCAAAUAGGGAUAUAUAUGACCAUAUGAUUGGGUUUUUCAGGUCUUUGGAGAAGCCAAGUAGUUAUUGAAGUGAUUGCCUUCUUUGUUCCCGCAUAUAACGUAUAGUGUUUAAGUGUAC